GAAGAUACGGCUCGUAGAACCCCAUGGGAGAGGGGACUGCACCUGGCGUCAGAUAUGGUGUGGCGGCUUUGCUGGCUGCGGAGAGCAUCGACUUCGCCGAGAGUCUCUGGCCAUCAUUGGUGCCAUCCAACAAGUGUGGGAGACGGCCCAUGGCAUGCACGUUCUGGAUAGAAACGGAUGAAAAGCCUUUGUUGUUCAGAGUCUCAGAUCCCGUUACUCGGCCGUUCCUCAAAUGCUCAUUCGAGACCCAACCACUUCUGUCUUCUCCUCGCAACCAAAUCGAUGGUGAAGAUGCUGACGAUUGCUUAAGGAUCGACAGACUUGGGUCAGAACCAGUUGACGGCUCCAGAGUCGAACUGUACCCUUUGCGAACAAAUCCAGGGAAGAAGUUCUGCGUGCUGGACGGUGUCAGGUUCAUUUUCCAAGGUCCCAGAGACAUAUUGAAGAAACACGUACUUGAUUGCAUCCUUUGCCACGCUCUUGCAGUCGCCACUAUUCCCAUUUGACGCUUCGGGGCUGUGACUCAACAACCCUUCUCUGGCGUUCUCUUUCAUCUGACGUUCAGCGCUGCGAGAAGAGAGUUAGCACAAUCAUCCACUCAACCCCCGCCGCCGAAGAACAAACCUUUCCAUUCCAAAGGCUUUGAAUUCAAGGUUAUCGACAAUGCUGGAAACAUCCCCACAAGCUCGUACCUCGACAAAAUUCUUCCACAUUUCCUUGGUGACGAUGGGCUUCUUCGUCCAAUAGCGCUUCUCAAAGUCGUCCAUCUCGAACGAUGGUGGACGCUGCAAGCCACGACCCCGAACCUCAGUAAUGGUACCAUCAGGCAUUCGCACCUUGCUGGUGACCCCCGGAGGAAGGCGCAUGGCGUCAAGCUGGACUUCAUAGCAAGCUUCCACAGUUGGCGGCGCACGACCGGGCUUGGUUGGCAACCAUUCCUCACUCUCUGAGCCGAUUUCGAGCAUCAUCUGGGCCUCUUGCAUUGCACCCGGAUGCUCCCGAGGGCUGAUAGACUGGGAGCUUGGUCCGGGAGUGACAAUGAGUGCAUUCUCACUGGAACCCAAUGGGGAGAUGCUGGAUUCGCGGACUAAUUGUUCCAACAUCUGACUCUGCUGGCGUUGGAUCUCAGGUGGUGGUGCACCAAUACGGAGGCCCCAUUCAUCUACCUCAAUUGACUCAGUCUUUGAUCCGGCUCUAUCAUCGACAUCCUUCUUUGGACUUGGUGAAUCCUCCGGAGGUGGCACAAUCGGAAUGGGCCGACGAGUACUCCUUACAUCAAAUUUUGGCCUCUCGGCCUCGAACUGCAUGGUUUGAGGAGCUGAUCCGUUGCCAGUGCCGAUGGGGAAUGUCUCAGGAGAGGGAAGGGUCAUCAGCGGAACCGCUUUGGGAUCAAGACCUAGCUUCUCUGACCAGUAAGUCAUCUGUGAUUUGUAUUCCCCCCGCAACUGGAC